UUCUGUUGUUCUACCAGUUGGCGAACGUGUUGUGACGUUUCGGCUGUUUACAUUCUUUGGUCCAAAGACACGUCUUGUGGUUCUUAGCGCGCUGCACAAUUAAGUGCGAAUAAUUGCAAUAUUGCUUGACAAUAUUAUUGUUUACAUUAUCUUAAUUUUAAAUUGUGUUAUUACAAGAAGACUAUGUAAAUAUUUUUCAGUGUAGGCUGUAAUCAGUUGAUGAUAUACAGUUGAGUGAGCCCCGGCUUGCGAAAUAAUGUUGAGAUCGUCGCUGAGGAAUUUUAGGUUUAUGCCACAGCCGUGGUUGUGCUGAGUUCCAUUUUCAAAAUAAUGCAACUCACAUUGCUUUAAAUUCAUAGCAAGUUGGCCACCGAGAAUGGAAUUGCGGCCUCCGAAGGUGAAGGGCGUUGCUCGAUUUCGGGCAGAACGUUGUGUUCCGUAUCCCGAAUCUUUAAAAAAUGUGUCGAAUUACCGUGGACCAAAUGCUAUAAUUGGAAAGUACAAUGGAAGCAAUGUGGUGAUUGAUAAUCCAGAAUUGACGCACGUGGUGUAUAAUUUGGGUUGUUUUGGCAAAGGUUCUUUGUCUCGUGGUGAGCCAAAUUAUUAUUUAAGAGAAUCUGCGAGAAAGGAAAAGUGUUUGCAUUUGAUUAAAACUAGUGAUGAACUAAUCAAAAAUAUGGAAAGCAUCAGCGACAACACAGAAAAUAAAUCUGAAUCUGCUGUAAAUAGUGAGGAAUCUGUGCUGGAUACAAAAACAAAUGUAGAGGAAGUCAAGUCUAAUAGUGAUGGUGAUAAAGAUAUCGGUGCUACCGCAGAUGACUUGUGUUUGCCGUCUGAAGAAGCUGAAAAAUUUGAAUUUCAAGAAACUUUGCACUUAAAUCUUGAAGAAGCUUAUUUUUUGAGUUAUGGACUUGGUUGUCUAGAGAUUGUUGAUUUAUUUGACAAGAAGUUAUCUUUACAAGAGGCAUGGGAAUUGUUUUGUGAGUCUCAAGAUGAUUUUGUUCAGAAGUAUGUGGUGUAUCACUAUUAUAGAUCAAAAGGCUGGGUUGUGAAACCUGGACUGAAGUUUGGAGGAGAUUUCAUUCUUUAUAAAUGGGGUUCAAAUAUUACUCAUGCUUCAUAUAUAGUUGUUAUUGAAGUAAUGCGACAAGAUGGAAACAUCAGUGAAGACCAUCAGCAGCCUGUUUCUUGGACCAAGUUCAUUAGCCUUAAUCGAAUGGCAGAAACAGCAGGAAAGGAAGUAAUAUUAUGCCGAAUAGUUUGGCCUCAAGAUGUCCUUUUUAAAGAUGUACAUUCUCCUGAAGACAUAAAGAAAUUUAGUGUUGAAGAAAUAUUGACUAGGCGAUGGAUCUCUUCACAAGAACGAGAACUCUUGGAUAAAGAAGAAAUUGAAUAGAAACUUGUAGUAUAUAAUAGUAAAUUUGAAACCUCAUGAGUGGAGUCUGAUGUCAAAGUUAUGUAUAUAUGUUCAUAAACCCUGCUUUUUUGUAUAUGGAUAAGUAAAAUAAUUAAAAUUAGAAACCAACUUUUUGUGUUACAUCAUUUGUGUGUUUGAAUUCUAAUGAAGCUAUGAAUUUUCAAUGAUUUUAAGGUCCUUGUUCACCUUUCUUCGGAAGAUUGUGGCAUGUAAAAGAAUUAAAGCUUGAUUGAUGCUUCUAAGGAAAAGUCUAACAAAUUUCCAGGUCCACAUAUUACUUAAUGCUUUGUGGCAGCGUCAAUAAUUGUUAAAAUUAUGCAGUUAGGCUGCUGUGUCAGCAAAAUGUGUUGAUAUUUAAAUUAGCCACACGCUCUUUGUAAAUAAAUGAAUAAACAAAAAAAAUAAGACAUAUCAAUGAAAUGCAUAACAUUGUUUCGCU